AAAUUAAAAAAUUUGGUACCUAACUAAUUCUAAAAGAUGGUUGCUUAAAGUCCAAAACGACCUUUAAACUCUCCAACAAACGGGGUUCAUUUCUGUACUUUCACAUACUGGACGGACGCCAUUUCAACUCCCUCUCACCAACCGACAACAGCCAUUCCAGAUGAAACGAAGGAUAGAUUAGGGUUCCUUGUCAAUCCUAAUCCCAAUUUCAUGGCUUCUUCAAUUUGCAUUAACGAAAUUCUCACAGAUGACGAGCUGCGCUCGAUUCUGUCCAAGCUGGAAAGCGACAAGGAUAAGGAGAUAUUCGGCUUGGUAUGCAAGAGAUGGCUCCGCUUGCAAAGCACAGAAAGGAAGAAACUUGCUGCCCGUGCUGGACCUCACAUGCUUCAGAAAAUGGCUCAAAGGUUCUCUCGCUUGAUCGAAUUGGACCUCUCUCAGUCCAUUUCCAGGUCGUUUUAUCCUGGGGUCACUGAUUCUGAUCUCGCUGUCAUUGCUCAUGGUUUUAAAGGCUUGAGGAUCCUCAGCUUGCAGUAUUGUAAAGGUAUUACUGAUAGUGGAAUGCGGUCAAUUGGAUGUGGUCUUUCUUCUCUACAAUCCUUGGAUGUAUCCUUUUGCAGAAAGCUAACUGACAAGGGAUUGUUGGCUGUUGCUGAGGGUUGUAAAGAUCUGCAGAGUCUACAUCUUGCUGGCUGCAGACUCAUUACUGAUGGCUUGUUAAGAGCUCUUUCUAACAACUGUCAUAAGCUACAAGACUUAGGCCUACAAGGAUGCACCAGUAUAACUGACGACGGGCUCACAUAUCUUGUUAGUGGUUGUCAGCAGAUUCAAUUCUUAGACAUAAACAAAUGCAGCAAUAUUGGGGAUGUUGGAAUUUCCAAUCUUUCAAAGGCAUGUUCAUCUUGUCUCAAGACACUGAAGAUGUUGGAUUGCUACAAAGUUGGGGAUGAAUCUAUAUCAUCCUUAGCCAAAUAUUGCAAUAAUCUUGAAACCCUUAUCAUUGGUGGCUGUCGAGACAUCUCAGAUAACUCUAUAAAAUUAUUGGCCUCGGCCUGUAAAAAUAGUUUGAAGACUUUGCGAAUGGAUUGGUGUUUAAAUGUAUCAGACUCUUCAUUAAGCUGCAUCCUCACUGAGUGCAGAAAUCUGGAGGCUCUUGACAUUGGAUGCUGUGAGGAGAUUACAGAUGCUGCUUUUCAGGGUUUAGCAACUAUUAAAACUGAAUUGGGGCUGAAGAUUUUGAAGGUCAGUAACUGUCCAAAGAUUACUGUGACUGGGAUAGGCAUGCUGUUGGAGAAAUGCAACGGUUUAGAAUACCUUGAUGUGAGGUCCUGCCCACAUGUCACAAAGUCAGGUUGUGAUGAGGCUGGUCUGCAGUUUCCUAAAUGUUGUAAAGUAAAUUACACAGGAAGCUUAAAUGAGCCAGAUGUUCUCGUUUGACACUCUCGAUGAAUUCUAAUGGAUUGGAAUUCUUGAGAAAUUCAUUCUUUGGAAAGUUCUAAGCGAUCCCUAUCCCUUCCUGACCAUGCUGUUUGUGUAUCAGAAUGAACAAGGCUUUUGCUGGGGAGUCUUCUCCUGUUCUCGCUCGAACCAUACAUUUGACUUUGAUCUGAGUCUUGUUUGGCAUCUUUUAUUUAUCAUCACCUAUGAUUAUUUGGCAUAUUUUUUAUCAUUUCAUGUACAUUGUGUCUUCUGUUUUUGCAGUUUGCUUAUUUUUAUAUUUGGUGUUCCAUUUGUCCUUCUAGCAGUGUAAUGUUGUUGUAUCAUUAUCUUGGAAUAAUAAUAAUGAUAAGUAUCUUGUUCAUGA